GUAGGUAUAAUGCCCACGAGACAUCCAGCGCAAAUCGAUAAGAAACCCCUGUCAUCAGUCCCGUCAACGGUGUGGAAACCAAGCUCCACCUUGCCGGCUAGCGAAAUACCCACAGCAACGUCCGGCCAAGCUUCCGAGACGCAUCCACUUCCACCAAGUUUACCUUCGCAGAGGGGGCCGACAUGACAGACGAAGUUCUGCGGUAAAAAGCAUCUUCUCAUCCAAUAUUUCUUGACGCAAUCGCUUUCCGCCCCUCCCUUUGUUAGAAUUACUUGUAAGAGAGAGAAGGGAAAGCCUGAGAAAAGGUCGACAACCAUGGCGACGGGUGUCGACGCGAAGCUCUUGAAGAGCACAAAGUUCCCUCCCGAGUUCAACCAGAAGGUGGAUAUGCAGAAGGUCAAUGUGCAGGUCAUGAAGAAGUGGAUUGCCAACCGCGUCACAGAGAUCCUGGGCAACGAAGACGAUGUGGUCAUUGAGCUCAUCUUCAAUCUGAUCGAGGGCGUUCGCCAUCCCGACAUCAAAUCGCUCCAGAUCCAGCUGACGGGCUUCCUCGACAAAGAUACACCGACAUUCUGCAAGGAACUGUGGAAGCUCCUUCUUAGCGCCCAGGCCAGCCCACAAGGUGUACCGAAGGAGCUGUUAGAGGCGAAAAAGUUGGAGUUGAUGCAAGAAAAGCUUGAGGCGGACAAGGCUGCCGAGGAGGCACGCCAACGGCGGGAGCAAUUCGACCGCCGGGACCGCGGGAGAAGUGGUCGAGGUGGCGGAGGACCCGGCCGGGGCGACUCGUGGCGCGGGGGCCGCGAUGAUAGAGAUCGUGGCGGGCUGGGCCGAGGGCGGUCCCGUUCGCCGCCCCGAUUCCGCGAUCGAGGCGACCGAGGCGGUCGCGGAGGACCUCGCGGUGGCUGGAAGGAUACAUACGUUCCCCGGGGAAGCUCCCCGCGGCGUGGGGGGGGGUGGCGUGAUAAUAGACGACGUCGAUCUCCGUCUCGCACUCGAUCCCGCACCCGAUCAGUGUCAGUCCGGUCGGGCUCGUAUCGGUCUGUUUCGCGCAGCCCCAGCGUUGACUCGCAUAGGCGGUCCAUAACACGCUCACCAAGUCCACCACGACGACGUCGUGCGCGUUCUCGGUCCCGCACACCAGUGUCUCGUCGGGGCGCGCCCAAACGGCGCCGGUCUUCUCGCGACCGGGCCCGUUCGAUAUCAUCAGACCGUGCCUCACUCAGCCCUCGCAAGCGGCGCCGUUAUUCGCGGUCUCGGAGCCGAAGUGGCGGCCGGAGCCCGAGCCGCAGCCCGUCCAAAACGCCAGUCCGACGAUACAGCCGGUCGGUGUCCACAUCGUCGUCGAGGCUAUCUCGCUACUCGCGAUCACCCAGCCGCACCCCACCGAGACGGUCGAGACGGUCGAGACGCGACAGCCGGAGCGGCUCCCGGCGCGCGAGGCGAUACCGCAGCAGGAGCCAAACUAGGAGCGGAAGCCGUGCCGCCAGCCCUGCUAGUUCGUAUGGUAGCCGACGUCGCUCUCCCCGCCACCGCUCCCGCGAGCGAGGGAAGGGCGGGCGGCGCGGCGUCAGCAACGACAGGGACCGGAGAGCUUCUUCUGCAUCUUCACGCUCUUCUACACGGAACAGAUCGGCUGAUGGUUCAGGCACCAAAGACAGACCGCGAUCUUCCCAUGACGACCCGGCGGCGUCAGAUGCAAAGACGCAAGAGCAGCUAACAACGAACUCGAACUACGCCAGAGAGAACUAAAGGAGAAAAUCAAGAAGAUGAGAUCCUCAAAGAGCGGAGACAACAACGUUGAGGCU